CUGACGAGUACCAGGGCUGUCCCAGUGUCCACAUGAAGAAGGACUUCUUCCUGCGUCACUCGUCCUGCGCACGCUCAGAGACCUUCAUAAACCUGCGCGAGGUGAGCGCCAGGCUCCGCCUCCCGCCAGGAGAGUACCUGAUCGUCCCCUCGACCUUUGAACCCUCCAAGGAGGCCGACUUCGUCCUCAGGGUGUUCACAGAGAGACAGUCUGAGACGCAGGAGAUGGACGAUGACAUCGUGGCAAACUUGGUAGAAGAGGAGGAAAUCUCAGAGAGCGAUGUGGAUGAUUCCUUCAGGUCCAUGUUCGCUCAGCUAUCCGGAGACGACAUGGAGAUCUCAGUGCGAGAGCUGAGGACGCUCCUCAACCGGGUCGUGUCCAAACACAGAGACCUGCAGACGGACGGAUUCAGUAUGGAGUCCUGCAGAGCCAUGGUCAGCCUCAUGGACAAAGACGGCAGCGCUCGACUCGGUCUGCUCGAGUUUCAGGUUCUCUGGAACAAGAUCAGGAAGUGGCUGGCGAUCUUCAGGGAGUUUGACCUGGAUAAGUCCGGGUGUAUGAGUUCCUACGAGAUGCGUCUGGCGCUGGAGAACGGCGGGUUCAAACUCAACAGGAAGUUGUUUCAGAUGCUGGUCGCUCGAUACGCCGACAACGAGGUCAUCGACUUCGACAACUUCACCUGCUGCCUGGUCAAACUGGAGGCCAUGUUCA